AUGCGAUGCGCGAGCAAGGCCGCCGAGAGCGCGUCCGCACGUCUCUGUGCGGACGCCGAAGCAGAAACCACAGCAACUGAUGCCUCAUCGGUUGUUGAAGCGAACCAGCCUGUGUCACUUGGUGAUGCAGGCGCUGGUCAUGAAGACACUCGUGUCUUCACAGAGUACGAGCUCGGUGUCUCGUACUCUCCUGAUACGGAAGACGGAUCCGUAUCGACGGCGAUCGAAUCCAAGCCGCCUGCCAAGCGUGGCAUGGAUGAUGCUAUGCGUCGUAGCAUCUUUGGUUCAUCUGACGAAUGA